UUCUGCGCGCUUGUGCCGUCCCUGGGUGGCCAUUACUUGGCGAACAACUCCCUUGUGUCGGCUGCGAACCCGCCGUGUUUCGUUGAGUUCGUGUGCUUCUUUGCGUGUGUUGUGCGUGGUGCGACUCGUGUCGAAAUUUUGGAAUGAUGGCCGAUAUUGCCAGCUACGACGGGCACGCCGCGAAACGGCAGCGCACCGACGAAGGCCGGGAUCGUGGUUAUGGAAACAACCAGCAGCAAGGCUACAAUUACUACAACAAUCAACGAGGGGGAGGUCGAGGGCAAGAGGAAGAGAAGCCCAACCAUGUGCUUCUGAUGACCAUCCUUAACCCUGCCUACCCUAUCACAGUGGACGUCAUCCACACCAUCUGCACUCCAAGUGGCAAGGUGAUGAGAAUAGUGAUCUUCAAGAAGAAUGGCGUUCAAGCAAUGGUCGAGUUCGACGGCGUCGAGGCGGCGGUGCGUGCCAAGAAGUCUCUGAACGGGGCCGACAUCUAUUCCGGAUGCUGCACCCUCAAGAUCGAGUACGCCAAGCCCACAAGACUGAACGUCUACAAGAAUGACAACGAUAGCUGGGACUACACUAACCCCAACCUUGGCAAGAGUGGAAGUGAGCGCCCAGCACUUCUUGGGGAGCCUCGUGGCUUUGGAAACUACAAAGACAGGAGCACUGAGCCAGAGUAUCAGCACUAUCACGAAGGAGACGGCAGGGGCCCUGCCUCCGGUCCCGGCUAUGGCCCCGACCGUGGCGACUAUGACUAUGGUCCAAGGGGAGGCCAGUACAACAGCCCAGGCGGUGGCUACAAUGACGGCUACGGAGGACCCCCCAACGGCCCCCCGCAGGACCGUUAUGGCGGACCACCUCACGAUGGGCGUGAUGGCCCCAACUACGGCAUGGGUGCAGCCAAUGCAUCCCCACAGGCUGCAGGACCUCACCAGGGCUCUGUGCUGAUGGUGUACGGGCUCAACUCUGAGAAGAUGAAUGCUGAAAAGCUUUUCAACCUGCUGUGCCUCUAUGGGAAUGUUGUCAGAAUAAAGUUCCUGAAGAGCAAGGACGGCUGCGCUAUGGUCCAGAUGGGUGACCCCUUGGCUGUGGAGCGGGCUGUCGGACACCUGAACAAUGCACAGUUCUUUGACAGCAAGAUGCAGCUUGGCUACUCCAAGCAGGCUUUCCUCAACGACGUGCAGCUGCCAUUUGAGCUGCCAGAUGGCACGCCUUCCUUCAAGGACUUCAUGGGAAACCGCAACAACCGCUUCACCAAUCCAGAGGCGGCCUCUAAGAACCGCAUUCAGCCACCCUCGCGCGUCCUCCACUUUUUCAACACACCCUUCGGCAUCACUGAGGACGACCUCAAGAAGGUAUACAUGAAGCUGUUCGAGGACUUGGGCUGCCCUGUGCCAGCAACGAUCAAGAUGUUCACAUCGAAGACGGAACGCAGCAGUUCAGGCCUGAUGGAGUUUGAGACAGUGUCUGAAGCCAUCGAAGCAUUAAUCAUGUCCAACCACACUCCAAUCAACAACCCUAACGGCAAGUUCCCUUACAUUCUUAAGCUGUGUUUCUCGUCGUCCGGGCCAAGGUACUGAAUCCGGCCGGCCACUGCAGCUUCGAAGCGCCCUCGUCUGCCAUCUUCGCAGCUGGGGGUUUGACAUCGUCACAAUUGCUUCUUCUUCAACACGAGAGACAACACGGGGGGAAGGGCAGCGGAAGACACUUUGAACAAGAUGAUUUAACAAAAAAAAGUACACAGAAGAGGAAAAAAAAGCACCACACACUCCAAGAACUCUCCACCAGUUACCGCCACCACUAUCACCACAAUAAACACAGCCAGUAAAGACAUGACACUAGUUGCAAAUUUACAACUACUACACUUCAUUCUUCACAUGUGUAUAAAACAGGCAAAACAAAGUGUGUGCAAACAAGUAACAAAAGAAAAAGUGAAGCUAAAGUAACUCAAUUUUGAUGCAAGAAUUAUGUUCACAGUUUAGUUUUUGUCGUUCUUGAACCGGCUUUGCAAUAGUACUUUUGCAAGUUCAGUAGAAAAACAUUUUUCAUUCGAUAAAAAGAAAGUUGCAGCCUACUCCUACUGUGGCCAUAGUUACAGGCAUGACACAUGGUUAGCAUGAUCUUGCAACUAAAGCAUAAGAGGUCAGAGAUGCCAACCAACAACACCACAGACCUUACGUGUGCUCUGGCCAUGGUCACUGGGGCUUGCACUUAAGACAGCUGAUGCAUUGCUAGAUCUUGCAAGAAAUAUGCGAGGGGCUUGCAGAAUACUUUUCACAAGAUGUUGCAAUUGGUGGCUGUUGGCUUGCAGGAGCCUUUGCAAAACCUGUUUCGGAACACUUCUUAACCAAGCUGUGAAAACUGUGGGCAAGACACACUACCUACCUUGUUUGUAUAUCUGAUUGUACAGAAUGCUUGAGUUGAGUAGGAAGGCAAAUAGGGCUUGUUACUGAAGUGUCCGGGGUCUAUGAAAAAUCACGAGUACUCUCUUCACUGUUACGUGCCUACAUUUUCAGUUCCUUUUUUUGUUUCCCCUCUUGCACUUGCAUUGUGGCUCUUGUUGUGGGCAAGAAGCUCGUUGUUGAUAAAGUUUGCUUAGACUGGUAUUUCAUGCUCAACACAAUAGAGAUUCUAUGGUCCAUUUUGUCUUUGACGAAAUGCAAUCUCAUUUCAUUGGUCAAUCUCCUCUAAAAUGGAUUUGGCAAUUCAUGUCAGCAGACUACAUAAAAUUCCCAGACGAUGUUGCUAGGCCCAGCAACUACUUUAUGGAGAUGCUUUUGCAGUAAUGCCAUAACUGGUUAAUGAAAGGGGCAAAGGGAAAAGCUAGCUUAAUGAAAUACUGCUGGAGUUAAACUGAGUGCGGCAUCGAGUUGGCAAGUGAUGUGCGUUGUUGUAGGUGUGGCUGGAAUGCAGAGAGCUUUUUUUGUUUCCCCUGUCCCAUUGAGCAGACAGUGUUCACUUGUUGCUUUAGAGUAGCAAACAUUGGAGGGCCCCAAAUGACCCCCACACUUCAAACCGCUCAAGCUUGUUAUGAAGCAAGUAUAUAUAACAUAGAAAGCCAGCAGUAUGCCACUUCUGAACGUUCCAUUCCAACACCAGUACAACCAAGCUUCAGGCAUGCCUACUGUUGAGUUUGUGUGAUUGGGUUCGCAGGCUGAAACUUUCCACUUCCUCAUUCUGCAUAGAUUAGUUUUUGCUGUCUAAUGAUGCCGGAAGGGCACUUUGUGCUGUUUCUUUGCUCUGGGACGCAGGUAUUAAUGGCAUCUUCUGCUCAUCUGUUCAGAGCUGGCAACUUUAAUAAUAAUAAAUGUUUUUAAUAAAGAAAAACUACAGUAGGCACCAUCUGUAUUAGGAGGGCAAAAAAACUUUCGCAUUGAGUCCUCUUAGGGCAUUCAAUGCGACAUUUUUUUUUUAUCACCUUAGGACAAAACAGAUUGGCCCUUCUCUUUCUGAUUAGGUGGUGAAAAAAAAAGUGCCUUGUUUAGGCAUCGCCACCAGACAGUGCAAUUCCCGAUUCAUUCUGGAUAAUACAGCAGGCUCACUUUCAGUGACCAUAAAAACUAAAGGCCAUUGAUAUGUGGGUACAUAACCGUCUCCUUUGUGGAAUCUAGCGGAUUUUAGUCAUCUUUGAUUUCAGUUGUCAUUGAAAGGGGCUGUGCGACUUGCCUGUGCCCUAAACAGGUUGGUACCGGGUGGUUGUCACUUCUACCUGCAUCCUUGAGCUAUGCACCACUUCGUAGAGGCGUUUUGAGUUUGACCAGAAGCAGCCAAAUAUCAUCAGUGCGUAGUUUCUUUGACAUUGUGUCGCAUUAGUCAACUGCGGGCCUUCUCGUUUUUUAGCUCUGCUGGUGUCCUCUUCCUCCCACUGUGUUGUCCUCGUUGAUCGUGGCAUUCGCGUCUUUCGAGAGAGUUGCACUCUUGUACCCCACCCCUACCUUUUCCACACGUUUUACCUUGUGUGUCCCAUGGCUUCCAAAGAGAAUAAUAGUGUGUCACCUUGUGAGUACUGCACCACCUUCAUUUUUUGUGUCAACGGGUGCAUGUACGGGAGCAUUGACAUCAUUUUCCCCUUCUCUUCUUUUUUUUAAUUUUGUAGCUGUUGUGUGUGUGUGCGUGUGUGCAUUUGCGCAUCACUUGUUUCUUGUUACAUAAGUGGCCUUUUCUCGUUCAAAGUAAGAAGAAAAUGUCUUUUCUUUAUUUUAUUUUUGUUAGGGUCGCAGGUUAUUUUUUUUCUUUGUCAUCGAAGAACAAGCAAUUUCCCUUUUUCACUCUGUUAUAUGUGCAUGUGCAUCAGUGUUACUAUGCUAAAUGUAUCUGGUGGUCUCUACUGAAUAAAAAGAAAUGUGACGAUUAAA